AGAUAAGAAGGCGUGAACAGUGAAAAAACGAUUGACCGACAGUGUUGACUUGACAGCAAAGGGAAUUUAAACGAUUAGUGAGUAGUUUGAAUAAUUGGAAGUUCCUUUAAAUUAUAUAUUCUGUACUUGGUUUUUCAAAUAUUUCUCAAAAUUUCGUUCCUUUACUUACCUUCAAGUCAUAGCUUGUGAAUUGAUUAGUAGAAUUGGCCAAUUGUUACAUAAAUCAUGACUGAUGCAAAGUACUUUACCACUACAAAAAAGGGUGAAAUUUUUGAAUUAAAGAGUGAGUUAAAUAGCGAUAAGAAAGAAAAAAAGAGAGAGGCUGUGAAGAAAGUCAUUGCUUCUAUGACAGUUGGAAAAGAUGUUAGUGCCUUGUUUCCUGAUGUUGUGAACUGUAUGCAGACUGACAACUUGGAAUUGAAAAAGCUAGUUUAUUUAUAUUUGAUGAACUAUGCUAAGAGUCAACCCGAUAUGGCAAUUAUGGCAGUGAACACUUUUGUUAAGGAUUGUGAAGAUGCAAACCCUUUGAUUCGUGCUUUGGCUGUUCGCACUAUGGGAUGUAUCCGUGUGGACAAGAUAACUGAGUAUCUUUGUGAACCUCUCCGAAAGUGUUUGAAAGAUGAAGAUCCGUAUGUGAGAAAAACAGCUGCAGUGUCAGUCGCUAAACUUCACGACAUCAAUGCCCAACUGGUAGAGGACCAAGGAUUUCUAGAUCAACUGCGAGACCUCUUAUCUGAUUCUAACCCAAUGGUUGUAGCAAAUGCUGUUGCUGCCUUGUCUGAAAUUAAUGAAGCCUCUAGUAGCGGUCAACCUUUAAUCGACAUGAAUGCACAGACAAUCAAUAAAUUGCUGACUGCAUUAAAUGAAUGCACUGAAUGGGGACAAGUUUUUAUUUUGGAUUCACUAGCAAAUUGUUUGCCGAAAGAUGAAAGAGAAGCUCAAAGCAUUGCUGAAAGAGUUACUCCUAGACUUGCUCAUGCAAAUGCUGCUGUUGUACUUUCAGCUGUCAAGGUGCUAAUGAAACUAAUGGAAAUGAUGAGCCCCGAUUCAGAGUUUGUUACCACAUUAACAAAGAAGUUGGCUCCUCCUUUAGUCACAUUGUUAUCUAGUGAACCAGAAGUGCAAUAUGUUGCACUAAGAAACAUCAAUUUGAUUGUCCAAAAAAGGCCAGAUAUUCUCAAGCAUGAAAUGAAGGUGUUUUUUGUGAAAUAUAAUGAUCCUAUUUAUGUUAAAUUAGAAAAAUUGGAUAUCAUGAUUAGAUUAGCUUCACAAUCUAACAUUGCACAAGUUUUAGCUGAAUUAAAAGAGUAUGCAACAGAAGUUGAUGUUGAUUUUGUACGCAAAGCUGUUCGUGCUAUUGGAAGAUGUGCAAUUAAAGUUGAACCUUCUGCAGAAAGAUGUGUUAGCACCCUUCUUGAUCUUAUACAGACCAAAGUAAACUAUGUUGUACAAGAAGCUAUUGUUGUUAUUAAGGACAUUUUUAGGAAGUAUCCAAACAAAUAUGAGAGCAUCAUUUCUACUUUGUGUGAAAAUUUGGACACACUAGAUGAGCCGGAAGCAAGAGCUUCCAUGAUAUGGAUUAUUGGUGAAUAUGCUGAACGAAUUGAUAAUGCUGAUGAGCUAUUAGAAAGUUUCUUAGAAGGCUUUCAUGACGAAAAUACUCAAGUCCAGCUUCAACUUUUAACUGCUAUAGUGAAACUUUUCUUAAAACGACCUACAGAGACUCAAGAAUUAGUGCAACAAGUACUCAGUUUGGCUACUCAAGAUAGUGACAACCCUGAUCUAAGAGAUCGUGGUUUCAUAUACUGGCGUUUAUUAUCAACAGAUCCGGCAGCUGCAAAGGAAGUGGUUCUGGCAGAAAAACCAUUAAUAUCGGAAGAAACAGAUCUUCUUGAACCAUCGUUAUUAGAUGAACUUAUUUGCCAUAUCAGUAGUCUAGCCUCUGUUUAUCAUAAACCUCCAUCUGCAUUUGUUGAAGGGCGCUUAGGGUUACGCAAAUCUCUACCACCCAGACAAAACUCAUUGGGAUCCACCGAAGAAGCAUCUACUACUAGUCCUACAGUUGUCACUAGUUCUGUUCUCACUGAGCAGCCUUCUGUCAUUCCAGCUGGAGAAAGUAUAAUUGCCGAUUUACUUAGCAUUGAUCUUAAUGCCCCCGCCCCAGCCCCGCCUGUUACUGCACCACCUGUUCCACCAUCAGUAGAUUUGCUUGGAGGUGGUCUGGAUAGCUUUCUUGGAGAUGUUAAUUCUGUUGAAGCCCCUGCAGCUCCAGUUGGUGGAACAACUGGCCUUCUUGAUUUGUUUGGUGUAGGCCCACCUGCAACAUUUUACACACCACCUAAACAAAUUUGGUUAUCUGCUGCACAAGGAAAAGGUUUAGAAAUUACAGGUACCUUCACAUUAAAAAAUAGCCAAAUAUGUAUGGAAAUGACAUUUUAUAACAAAGCAAUGCAAGCAAUGCACAGUUUUGCUAUUCAGUUUAAUAAAAACAGCUUUGGUCUUGCUCCUGCUCAGCAACUUCAAGUACAACCUCUGUCGCCAAAUACUAGUGCUGAUGUGAGCUUGCCUCUAAAUACGUUGGGUGCAGUGCAGAAAAUGGAUCCUUUAACAAAUCUUCAAGUAGCAAUUAAAAACAAUGUAAGUGUGCUUUACUUUAGCACAGUAGUUCCUAUACAUGUACUUUGCACAGAAGAUGGUAUGAUGGAUAAGAGGGUUUUCUUAGCUACAUGGAAAGACAUUCCUGCUCAGAAUGAAGUGCAAUCCACAAUCGAUAAUAUUGUCUUGAGUACAGAUCAAGUAUCUCAAAAACUCCAACAUAGUAACAUUUUCACUAUUGCCAAACGUACCGUUGAUGGGCAAGAUAUGUUAUAUCAGUCUCUGAAGUUAACAAAUGGCAUCUGGGUUCUUGCUGAAAUGAAGAUCCAGCCUGGGGUUACAUCUUUUACACUGUCUUUGAAGUCCCGUGCAAUGGAUGUGGCUACCGCUGUUCAACAAGCUUACGAAGCUAUCUUGCGUAACUGAGAGACUUUGAUGUUUGGAAUUUGAAUAUGAGAUCUGUUUUUAAGUCAUUAUAUAGUUUAUAUGUUCCGUUCAUCGAUAUAUCUACAGAUGUGAAAACCUGUAACAUUCCAAAAUAAACAUGUAUAGAUUAUUAGU